AUGAUUCUCCCUACCGUGAAUCUGAGCCUGGUGUCCUCCGAGCUGGACCUCCUGCGGCCCUUCUCCAAGUCGCUCGCCGCACGCGCCGAGGGCAAGGAGGCCGCCGAGGAGGCCGCCGGUAACCUCGCCACGGAGGUGGAGACCCUUAGGGAGCAGCUCGCCGCGGCGGUGGAGUCGGCCGAGAGGCUGGGGUCGAGGGCCGGGACGGCGGAGGACGAGGCCGGGGCGAGCGCCAGCAAGCUCAGCGGCCUGGAGAAGGUGGUCCGCAGGCUCGGCGGGGAGGCCGAGGUGGCGCACUCGGAGCUAGCCAAGGAGCGCGCCGGCGCAGAGGAGGCAGCGGCGAGGGCGAGCAAGGCGGAGCGAGAGCUAGACCAGGCCAGGGCAAGGGCCGCCGUCCUGGACAACAAGUUGGCGACGCUGGAGAAGGACAAGCUGGAGCUUCUGGCUGAUGCAAACUCGUCGAGGGCUCGGGCCAGUGCCCUGGAGGAAAAGUACUCGGCGGCAAGGGCGGCUGAAGCAGUGGAGUCGGAAGCCCGCGUCUCCGAGCUCGAGGGCAAGGUGUCGUCUCUCGAGUCAGAGAACUUGGAGGCAGUGUCGAGGAUGGAGGAGGCGUUGGCGAAGGAGGCGGCGGCGGAGGAGAGGGCGGACAAGGCGGUCAAGAUGGAGGAGGACACGCGGGCCGAGAUGGCGGGUAAGACCGAGGAGGUGAUGCGACUGACCGCGCAGCGUAACUCCGCCAAGAGCCGGGCCGACUCCCUCGCGAAGGACCUCUCCCGGGUGUGCGGGGGCGGGCGUACCCUGGACCAGAUCGAAGCCAUCGUCACAAAGUACGCCGACCUCAAGGUGAAGAUGGCUACGAUGGAGGCCGAGAAGGACGGCGCUGCGGACCUGGUGGACGAAUGGCAAUCGAACUCAAAGGGCGAGAGAGGGGAGGGGGGGCGCAAGGUUUCCGAGGCCGCGAAGCGCGCCCUAAGGGAGAACACCGAGCUGCACGGACGAGUGGCAGCCAUGACAGAGUCCCUGCAGAUGAGAGCACAUCAGCUGGAGGGGCAGAGGCAGUCCAACGAGUUCCUGCUCAAGCGGGUUGAGGAGCUGGAACAGCAGGUUGCCACCACCAGCGGGAAGACUGCCAUCGGGACGGAUUGA